GGAGUUAACCUACCAUCUGCUCUAGAAUUUCGUGGAGCAUUAUCCAAGCUACCUGACAUGGAGAGAUUGCUUGCACGCAUAUUUUGCUCUAGUGAAGCUAGUGGAAGGAAUGCUAAUAAAGUUAUUCUAUAUGAGGAUGCAGCUAAGAAGCAAGUACAGGAGUUCAUUGCAGCUCUCCGUGGCUGUGAACAGAUGCUAGAAGCAUGCUCUUCGCUUGGUGUCAUUUUGAAUGAUGUCCAAUCUAGACAACUUCAUCAUCUGUUAACACCGGGUAUGCUGGUCUCAAAUAUGUCUUCCUAUGUUCUAUGGAACUUAAUAUUUCACGGAGGAACUUUUGAUGGGGUGGAAGCCAAUAGCUCAGGGCGUUGUAUAAUACCUCGUGAAGGAGUCGACACAGAGUAUGCCUCAGCCUGUAAGACGGUUAAAGAGAUUGAGUCCACUUUGUUGAAGCAUCUCAAGAAGCAAAGAGAACUACUUGGAGACACAUCAAUUGCUUACGUCAAUGUUGGAAAGGAUGUGUACCUAAUGGAAGUGCCAGAAAGUUUGUCUAGGAAUAUUCCUCGGGAUUAUGAAUUGCGUUCAUCCAGAAAAGGUUUCUUUAGGUACUGGACUCCAGAUAUUAAAAUUUAUUUAAAAGAACUCUCCCAAGCUGAAUUGGAAAAGGAGUCCUUGUUGAAAAAUACAUUGCAGAGAUGAUUGGGGCGCUUUUGUGAAAACACACGGAGUGGAAAGCACUUUUCUUUUGUAUGGCUUAAACUACAUUCACAUUUUGCAGAACUGGAUCUGUUGAUCAGUUUAGCAAUAGCUGGUGACUACUAUGAAGGACCAACAUGCACACCAGCUUUCGUUGGUGCAUUAUGUACUAAAGGAGCUCCUUACCUCCAUGCUAAAAGUUUGGGGCACCCUGUCCUCAGGAGUGAUACCCUAGGCAAGGGUGCGUUUGUUCCCAAUGACAUAACCAUUGGUGGUUGGAUCAAGCCAGCUUAUCAUUCUAACAGUCCUAACAUGGUGGGCAGUCAACUCUCUUCGUUCAGGUUGCUUUUGACUGUGAAUUUUGGCCAGGGAAACUUUUAAGUAGGAGCUGAUGUCCCAGCAGAAAGCUUUGAUUUGUCACCUGUUGAUCGGAUUUUUGUUCGAAUGGGGGCCAAAGAUAAUAUAAUGGCUGGCCAAAGUACAUUUUUAACUGAGCUUUCAGAAACUGCAACGAUGCUGUCAUCAGCCACUCGUAACUCAUUGGUGGCUCUGGAUGAGCUUGGGCGUGGGACUGCAACUUCUGAUGGACAAGCAAUUGCGGAAAUCAGUAUUAGACAUUUUGUGCGGAAGUGCAGGUCGUGGAUUGUUUUGACCCAUUAUCAUCGAGUAGCUGUAGAUUAUCUCAACGAUCCCAAGUUUACGUUGUGUCACAUGGCAUGCCAAGUUGGGGAUAUCGGAAUUGCAGGUUUGACGAAAGUCACCUUUCUUUACAGGCUAAUGCUUGGUGCUUGCCCCAAGAGCUAUGGUGUUAACGUUGCUCGGAUAGCUGGACUUCCAACUUCUGUGCUUCAGAAAGCUGCUUCCAAAUCUAGAGAAUUUGAGGCCAGUUAUGGUAAAUGUAGAAAGGUGUCUUCUGAAACAAACUCUCCCAAUAAAAACUGGGUUGACGAGAUAGCAGCUAUCAUACGAAAAUUGACCGAAAUGGCCACCAAUUUGAGUUGCCAGGAAACCCUUUGCGUUGGUUCCCUGAGGGAACUUCAGGACAAAGCACGAGAAUCGAUGCAGCGGCGAUGUUAAACUAAUUUAAGGAGAUAGUUCAUUCGUUAGAGAAGUAAGCAUGCUUCUAUGGCCGUAUUCUCCGUUAUUAUCAUUCCGAAUUACGGCCGAGUUUUGCCUUGUGUGUUUGGUUGUCUAAAAUUUCGGUUGCAGUGUAGCACUUGUAUAUUUUGCACGUUGAAGUGUCGAUACGAGUUCGAUUGAAUUAGGCUGUUCCAUUGUACAUAUUUAGCAUCUAUCUAAUUGAGUUUCUUUAUCUAAUACAAAUGAGAGCUUGGGUUUUCCUUCUAUCAAGUGAUUAAUACUUUUUACAGUUUAA